AGCAAAGCACAGCUCAACUAUGGCCACCCGAGAAAAAGCCACCGGCAGCUGCUUCUACGACGCCAUCGUGGUCGGGGCAGGGAUCCAGGGCACCUUUGCUGCCUACCACUUGGCCAAGCGAGGGCAGAAGACCCUCCUGCUGGAGCAGUUCCCCCUCCCCCACACCCGAGGAAGCUCCCACGGACACAGCCGGAUCAUCCGCAGCGCCUACCCCGAGGACCAUUACACGGUCAUGAUGGCAGACGCCUUCCGCCUCUGGGAGGAGCUGGAAGCUGAGUCCGGCACCAAACUCUGCAGACCGACACCAAUGCUGGUUCUGGGGCACAAGGAGAGCCCUGAGUUUCAGAGCUACUGGAGGGCCAUGGAGCGCAACCGUAUCCCGAGUGAAGUGUUACCUGCAAGCACCUUGGCUCAAAGGUUCCCAGGGAUCCACCUGGGCGGCAGAGAGAUGGCUGUAUGUGACUUCACAGCAGGGGUCUUGUUUGCUGACAAGGCACUUAAAGCCGCCCAGGACCAGUUCCGGCACCAUGGAGGAACCAUUCGUGAUGGAGAGAAGGUCCUUGGCAUCCUUCCUGGGGCCAUGGCCACUGUGACCACCAGCCAAGAGGAGUAUCAAGCUAAACACCUAGUGGUAACUGCAGGAGCUUGGGCCAGCCACCUCCUUGCCCCGUUGGGGCUGCAACUGCCUCUCCAGCCGCUGCGCAUCACAGUCUGCUACUGGAGAGCGAAAGGCCACAGUCCCCACAGCCACCUGGAGAAGCUGCCUUGCUUUAUUGCAAUCAGCCUGAAUGGAGAUAAGCACGACGUUUACGGGCUGCCUGCCGGGGAGUACCCGGGUCUUGUCAAGAUCUGCUACCAUUAUGGCACCCCUGUGGACCCUGACCAGCCUGACCAGCUGGGCUCUUCUCCUACUCCUGAUGUGCAAAUCCUGCGGGAUUAUGUCAGCAAGUAUCUGCCAGGGCUUGAUCCGGAGCCAGCUGUACAGGAGCGUUGCUUAUAUACGAAUACCCUGGAUGGCGACUUUGUGCUAGAUCGGCACCCUCGUUUCAGAAAUAUCGUCAUCGGGGCCGGAUUUUCAGGUCAUGGGUUCAAGUUUGCACCGGUCAUCGGAAAGAUCCUUUGUGAGCUGAGCCUGGAAGAGGAGCCCUCUCAUAAUGUGGCACCGUUUCGGAUAAGCCGCUUCCCACCUCUGCUUAAAGCUCCCCUGUAAUCUCCCACUGACUCAAGGUGGGGGAAAGGGGGGGUCAGAUUCAUUCUCUCUCCCCUCUUCCAUUUUCCAGGCGAGGAACAACUUGCAAGCUUCUAUAGUCAGCUCCAAAGUUGACAUGGCGGGCUUUAUUUUAACCCCAUUCUUUCCUGUCAUCCCAUCCCCCCCCCUCGCCUCAACAGUUUUGAGUGUUUUCUUUUGGAAUGGGUGAAAGCUUACCCUUACUCACAAAUGUGUCACUAUAAAGAUGUGUUUUGUGCAAGACAAAAGCUACAGCUUUAGAGAAUGGAGAUCACACAAGGCUGUCAAGUUUACAAAGCAGCACAUUAUAAGGAAGUUUUUGCCGCCGCCCCCCCCCCCCGCAUGGACCAUUUGAAAAUUGCCAGUGGUCUUGGUGGUCUACUUGGUGGUUUUUCUGUCUCUUCUUGCCAUUUGAAUGCACUGUGCUAGGUGCUGUAUGAUUUUUAAUUGUAUGCUUUUUGCUUUUCUUUCUUACACAUUUUUAAUUGUAUUGCAGAAGUUCAGGGUCCCUUUAUGAUCAUCACAACCACACCCCUCCCAUCCUUUUGUUUUGUUUUGCUGCUGGGUUGAGAAUGAAAUCCUUGUUAAUGCCUUCUUCCACAACAGACAUCCCUAGGAGCCAAUCAGCAUGAAAGAAGAGUUAGCUACUGACAAGAGUCUUCUCGGUGGCUGACUCACCUCCUUUCACUCUGGUUCCAAUCAGCAGGAAAGGACAAGGAAGCAUGCUAGAAGACUCUUCUCAGUGGCUAAUAUGUUCCCUUUUCAUGCUGAUUAGCUUGUAGGAUGCUGGAGACAUAGGGACCCUGCUCCCAAAAAAGUAAAGAGUCUAAGACACACACCCCUGAGUCCCUGGAUGACUACACCCCUGGUAAUACCAUAAAAUACAAUUAAAAAUCAAGAUGAAUAUUUAACAUGGCCAUGAGACAGACCGCCCGAAUGAAGCUCGUGUACCACUGAUGGUCCACAGACAACAGCUUGGGAACUUCUGUUUUAAAGUUUAACUCAAUGGCCAGACAUAUUACAAGUGCUGAACACUGUGACUGUAUGGUGGAUUUGGACAGAGUGUUCCUGUCCAAAUAAUACGCUUGCUUUUGGAAUGACAAAAUUUGUGGUUUCUAUUUUAAACUUUCAUUAUUUUUCCCCCUAUUCGUCACAUGGGAAAAAGAACUAAAGGUGCGUGCGCUUAGCUUGCGUUGGAGGGAGUAAUUUGCAACUCUCCAUUUUCACUCCCUCCUGGCUGCAGCUACCCUCUUUGCGGAUGAAAGAGAUCUGCAAGGUCGGUGAUGAUUGCGGGCACCUCUAGACGGUCACGAUUUUCAGCUCUUCUGCAACAAACCUGAUUCUCACCAACACCAAUGGGACCUUUUGCAAUGAGGAAAGCAUGCCAUACCCAUUUCAUUGACAAAUAUGCAAAAAAAAAUUUUAAAAUCAGAUGGUGCAUUAUCCGCAGCAGAGAGCUUUGGCUAUGGGGCGGUAUAUAAAUACAAUAAAUAAAUAAUAAUAUUGAUCAGAAGAUGACAUUUGAUUCAAUCUCUCACACAAGACUCUGGAAAAAAUUAGCCCUCUCAUCUACAGAUGAAAGACUCCUCUUUUUGAUUAAAUGGUUAUACAAUAAUAAUCAUUGGUUGAAGGUGCAACAUGCGGCAGACGGACACCUUACAGAUUCUGUCUCAGUGACGAAAGGGUUUAAAAGAAGGCUGUAUUUUGCCCCUGUGUCGUUCAAUUGGUGUAUCAAUGACACAGCUGAGCAUUUAGCAUUUAGCAUCUCCAGCAUGCAAUCACGCUUGCUUGAUGCAACAGGGCUGCACACUUACACGCUUUACAUUUAAAGCGCAUGGCUUCCCCCAAAGAAUAACGGGAACUGCAGCUGCUUAAGGGUGCUGGGAAUGGCAGCUCUGUAAGGGGUUAACUCAUAUUGCGUGUAAUUGGGGCCCUAACCCUCAAGAGCAUCCCCUGGAGCCUGACGCCACCAUCUGCCUGCACCCCAUUAAUGGAGACUCUCUAUUGGUUCCCAAAUGGCCUGGCGGGCAACCUUCUGCGGCCUAGUGGGCCUCAUCUGGCCUAUAGGGCAUAAGGUCCCCAUUGCUCAAUGGAGGCUGGCCCACUGCGACAAAUGGGACACUGCUCCACCAACCUAAUUCUGCCCUGAGCCAGCCCCUGGUGCCUUCCUAGUUAACAACCAGCCCAGGGGGAGGCCUCUUCUGUCACCUUCCUCCUCCUCUUCCACUUCCAUCAAUGGGGCUAAGUCCCAGAUAUGUGGAAUUAGCAUUGCAGCUUUACUCCCAGAAAAACUUCAUAUUGGGAAGGUUUUUGAAACAGUUUAUGAAUAAGGCAAAUAAACUGCCCUCUUCAACACUCCAGUAAAAUUUAAACUUGUUUGACGCCUUAAUUAGAAUAGU